ACGAUACAUUUGUUAGAAUAUUUAAUAUUGUCAACUUCAUAAUAUCUCAUGGUUUCAUAAUAGGAUUAAGUAAAACCAUCUGUUACCGACAUAAUGUGGAACAAUGAGAAAAGGUGGUGGUGGCAAUUACAGAAAAAGGUAGUGGGAGAAUCGAGUACAUUUAGCUUCGAUGCUGGCUCUUUCGGAGCCAGUAUCUACUUUCUACACGUGGAACAAUUUUUUCUCAAUAAGAUGGCCAAAUAUAUUAUAUUAUAUAUUUUUUUGCUGUGUUCUUUAGUGUAUCUCACACAUGGAAGAAAAUCUAAAAAGCCAAAAUCCAAUAACUUUGAUGUCGUAAUAUUUACUCAACAAUGGCCACUAACAGCUUGUUUUAUAUGGGAAGAAAGUUCUAAGCAUCACACUUGUUUAUUACCUAAACGAGAUGAAUGGACUAUCCACGGCAUUUGGCCGACAAAAUAUAAUACAAAAGGUCCAGAAUAUUGCAAUACGUCGCUGCGGUUUAACGCAAGCGUUCUAGUGCCUUUGGAAAGUCAAUUAAAAGAGAAUUGGAUGGAUAUUCAUAAUGGAUCAAAUCCUUAUUCGUUUUGGAAACACGAAUGGGAAAAACACGGCACUUGUGCAAUUAAAAUAAAAGCUUUAGGAAAUGAAUAUAAAUAUUUUGAAAAAGGACUAACAUUUCUUAAUAGCUAUAAUAUGAUAGACAUACUUCCAAAAGCAAAUAUUUUCCCAGGGCAAAAGUACAUGGUAGAAAAUAUGCUGAUAGGAAUUCAACAAGUGUUGAACAAAAGAUGCCAAAUAAUAUGUGUGCAGAACAAGAAAACGGGUGAAUCGUAUGUGAGCGAGAUAAGACUUUGUUUUGACAAAGCAUUGAAGUUGAUAGAUUGUGAUGGCAUUUAUGAGUUCCCUACAAAUUGUAAUAAAUUGAAACAAAUAACAUAUCCUAGUUCUACACCACACAAUUAUCGUGCAAUACAGAUAUAAUAACAAUUUUAAUAAUAAUAAAAUCAUUAUGUAUGUAUGUGUGCACAAAUUAGAUGAAAAAUUAUUAAAUAAUAUUAUAUAUAUAUUACACUUAUAUGCACUAUGAUAUGCACUCGAAAUAAUUUGUCAUGGACAUCACUGGUUACAUCAUUCCAUCUUCUUUUGGACGAUUAUGACUGCUGAAGGUACCAGGCCUAAAAAUUAAAAAAUAAAAAUAUAUAUUAUGUUUUACUAAAAGACUUCAAUAUUGUAUUUGCAACAAUGUCAUUAUUACAACUGACAAAAUAUUACAUAAUAUAUUGGAAAAUAUUAAUUAAUA